AUGUGCCGAGGUUUGCAGCAGCAGAUUAUCGAGAGAGAUUGUUUAAACAUCAAAGCCUUUUACAUUCGUCUAUCUAAUAUCAACUGCAUUAAUAAUAAUAAUAAUAAUAACCCUUUACCCGAUUACCUCACCCUUCAUUAUCUUCCACGAAUCAACGGAAACCCACUUCAGAUCGAUGGAUCCUAUAUCCGACCCGAUUCACCCGCCUUCGUCACGCUCCACCGCGUCCUCUCCGGUGAGGCGGUCACCUACGGAAGCAGGGAGAGAGUGAGAACCAGUUCGGGGUCGAGAUUCGAGGUUUACGUUAAAGAUGAGAAGUUUAUAAAAGGGAUUUUCAGGCAAGGAAGCGAGUUAAGCAGGGAGUGGAAGAUGGAGUGUAAGUGCGCGUUAGAGAGGGAGAUGGAAUUGGGUUGUUUUCGGGGGGCGGAGGAGGCGGAGGUUUUGAUCGAAGGUGAGGGUGAAGAGAUGAAAUUGACAGAGAAGGUUGAUAUGGUGGUGAGGCGGCGCCGCAAGGGGAGGUUUAAUUACUGUUACAGAGGUUGUUUGGAGGAGAUUCCGGAAGAGGAGAAGGAAACGGAGCCGGAGAAUGAGGCGGCGGAAGGGUGCUGUUGUUGCUGCAGCGAAUGCUUUGCGGCGGCGGCGGAAGGCGGCGGUGAAGAUACUGUUGAUUUCGAGUUGGAAGGGGUCAGGAAGGCGGUUGACGUUGGCUUUUGGGUGGUGUGCGUCGGGGUGGGAGUUGGUUUUUUGGUUUCUAAGGCAUCUUCUAGAACUUUCCGUAAAAGGAUGUUUUAA